AUGUCGAAACUUUUGCUCUCUUCUUUACUACUCGCGCUUCUUGUGGCGAUUAAUGGUGAUACCGUAUCCAGACAGGCAAUCGCUAUUUUAACUCCUAGUCCUAACUUUAGUCCAAAUAUAUCUGGCCAUAUUGUUUUUACCGAGACUGAUGAUGGCCUCCACGUUUAUGGAAAUUUAACGGGCAUGCCCCCUGGCAAAUACGGAUUGCACGUGCAUGAAUUCGGAGAUGUAAGCACAUGUUACAAUUCGGGAGCCCAUUUUAACCCGGAAAACACUGAUCAUGGGGGGAGAAACAUCACAGUGCGCCACGUCGGUGAUCUAGGAAACGUUGUAUUUGUAGCCAGUGAAUUUGAAGAGGUCAAUGGAACGGACAAUGAAACGGGCAAUGGAACUGACAAUGGAACGGACAAUGGAACGGUCAAUGGAACGGACAAUGGAACGGUCAAUGGAACGGACAAUGGAUGGGCGAUUGUGAAUUUUACUGAUCAUUUGAUCGCUCUAAGAGGCGAAAACAGCAUUUUAGGACGCACUCUAGUUCUACACGAGGAAGAAGAUGACUUAGGUCAGGGAGGAAACCCUGCGUCGCUUAUUACUGGUAAUUCAGGUGCUCGAGUCGCGUGUGGUGUGAUCGGAAUUAGGUAUCCAAGCGAUCCUUGGAUCACUGGAUCAGCUGCUACUACUUCACCAUCUUUAUUGUUAUUUACUGUAACAACGCUAGCUACUUUUUUCUGUUUUAUUAAAUGA